UAUAUCAGCAGAUUCGAGUAUCUGUCUCGUUUUUACUCUCAAGCUAUGUCUGAAGAGUGGAGAUGCCAACGAUUUGAACAAGGAUUAAGGCACGAACUAAUGAAGAUGAUCGUGCCCCUAGAAAUCAAGAAAUUCCCAGCCUUGGUAGAGAAAGCAAAGAAGUUAGAAAAGAUAGAGGUCAAUCCAAAUCGAAUUAUGAAGGUUCAAAAGGAUAAGUUUCCUGCUAGAGAACAAUUGAGGAAGCCGUAUCUGAAACCUCAGCAACCUAUUUAUGGAUCUGUGAAAUGUUAUGAGUGCGGGGGUCCGCAUUACAGGAGAGAAUGCCCAAAACUCUCUGGUAAAAAGAAUGAUGCGAAGAAAUGUUUUAACUGCAAUAAGCCAGGGCAUUUUGCUUACAACUGCCCUGAAAAUAUUGUAAAGAUUGAACCACAACAACCCAGUCCUUCUGAGGAAAAGCCCAAAGCAGCAGGAAGGGUUUUUGCUAUCACUGGAGAAGACGCAGCGAAGCCAGAUGAUGUUUCAGGUAAAGUUGAAGAAGUUUAGUGCGAGGAUGCGAUGGGAAAACCUCUAUGGGAUUUUAGAACAUGUAUUUUAAAUUGUGAAAUGUGUGGUUUGUAAUUUUCAAGAGUUUUAAUAUUUAGUUUGUACUUCAAUAAA